CGGGUGCGAGCUUCUCGUGGAGGAAAGCCAAAGGCGAAAAGGCACGAGCCAAUGCGAAAGCGCGAUGCGGUCCCAGUUCACUCAAUCGCGCGCUGGCGUCAGCAGCAGCAGCAGACCGCAGCUGCCGUGGUCUGACCGGAUGGCAGCACAUUCGGCGCUGCGAAUUCUCCUGUGCACUGGGUGCCCAUCGCGACGAUCGCACCAAUGGGACGGCGAGAACAAGUCCUCGCCCGUGGUUCUAGAAUCUGACAUUGUCCUUUCCUGCCGUGCUUUGUACUCUAGCUGGUUCUAGCUGGUCCCGGCGACCGGACCAGCACCCCGGAAGGCACUCGGCCGUGUGACGAGGCCUUCUCUGCUGUAGCUGCUCCGACCUUUCGGCCCUUUGUCCCGGAGCCGGAGUGCGCUCUCUGACGAACUGGAUCAGACCAAAUUCGAGUUUCGCCUCCUCCUUCGGCCCUCGUCCCUUGAACUCUGGGAAGUCCCGACGACGACAACAACGACGACAACGACGCCGGCGGCUCGUGAACCGAGUAACCGAGUGAGUGAGUGAGUGCGACUGCGUGAACGAGGAUAAGCUCUGUGACGUCCGAGCGGGGGACGCGAGUGCAAGACAGAACGACGGGGUUGUGGAGGAGUGGACGGUGAAAUUGAAGGGCGAGCUCGAGCAAUUGAGGUCGAUACCUCGUGCGCGGCCCAUGGCUAUCACUGGCGGAGUUGUGAAGCUUGGGGGUGGAUCUCUCGUCGCGGCGAAUGAAUUCUCUGCGCCUGUGAGGUUGGGCCAGAGGAAUCACACUGGCAAGGCUUCUUGCUCCCGGUGUUCGAGGAUCGCUUCCGCUUCCGUUAGCAGUGGCUCGGCGUCGUGGGGCAAGUCCGAACUAGCUGGCGCUGGGACCCUCUGUCUCGAAAAUGCCAGUCUUUCGGCAGUCGGUGGUCCGCGCAAGCGGAUGGUUGUUCGCAGCCAGACUGUGGCAUCUCCGCCUUCCACCAAGCAGAGAGUUUACAUCUUCGGCAAAGGAAUCAGUCAGGGGAACAAGGGGAUGAAGAGCUUGCUCGGAGGAAAGGGAGCAAAUUUAGCUGAAAUGUCGAGCAUUGGCCUGUCUGUACCACCUGGUUUGACAAUUACCACAGAAACAUGUCGUGAAUACAAUGAAAACGGUAACAAACUUCCGGCAGGUCUCUGGGAGGAGGUUUUGGAGGCUUUAAAGUCAACUGAAGAGAUCAUGCAAGCUUCGCUCGGAGACCCAUCUCGCCCUCUUCUUCUGUCAGUUCGCUCUGGUGCCGCGGUCUCGAUGCCUGGUAUGAUGGAUACUGUCUUGAAUUUGGGUCUGAACGAUGAAGUUGUGGCGGGACUUAGCGCUCGAAGUGGAGAGAGAUUCGCAUAUGAUUCUUAUCGACGAUUUAUCGACAUGUUUGCGGAUGUGGUCAUGGGUGUAUCACAUUCAUUGUUUGAACACGAGCUGGAAACCAUGAAGUCUUCGAAAGGGGUGACCCUCGACACAGAUCUGACUACCGAAGACUUGAAAGCACUGGUGCAGAAAUACAAGGAAGUGUACAGGGCUGCCAAGGGUAGUGAUUUCCCCACAGAUCCUCUUGAGCAGAUGAGAUUAGCUGUCCUUGCUGUCUUCGACUCCUGGAACAGUCCGCGUGCAGUAAAGUAUCGAAGCAUUAACCAGAUUAGUGGUCUCCAAGGCACAGCUGUCAAUGUACAAGCCAUGGUUUUUGGAAACAUGGGACCCACUUCAGGCACAGGUGUAUUGUUCACGCGUAAUCCGAGUACUGGAGAAAAGAAGCUAUACGGGGAGUACCUUAUUAAUGCUCAGGGGGAAGAUGUUGUUGCCGGUAUACGAACCCCUGAGGAUAUUGAUACAAUGAGGCAAGCUCUACCUGAUGCUUAUCAGGAGCUGAUUGACAACUGUGACAUCCUUGAGAACCACUACAAAGACAUGAUGGACAUUGAGUUCACAGUCCAGGAGGGCAGGUUGUGGAUGUUGCAGUGUAGAAGUGGCAAACGAACAGGCGCUGGAGCAGUCAGAAUUGCUGUUGAAGUGGUCAAAGAGGGUCUUGUUGAUUCUCGUUCUGCUAUCAAUAUGGUUGAGCCCCAGCAUUUAGACCAGCUUCUGCAUCCCCAGUUUGAGAAUCCAGCAGUAUAUAAGAAUAGUGUAAUAGCUACGGGUCUACCAGCAUCUCCUGGAGCCGCAGUAGGCCAAAUCGUUUUUACUGCUGAGGAUGCGGAGGCUUGGCAUGCACAAGGCAAGCCUACGAUUCUGGUGCGAAAUGAAACUAGUCCGGAGGAUGUUGGAGGUAUGCAUGCGGCGGCUGGUAUUCUUACUGCCCGGGGUGGCAUGACCUCGCAUGCUGCAGUGGUUGCCCGCGGUUGGGGAAAGUGCUGUGUUUCAGGAUGCUCUGAAAUACGUGUCAACGAAAACAACAAGACCUUGUCAGCUGGUGUGCACACUCUUUACGAGGGAGACUGGAUUUCACUCAAUGGGACGACCGGAGAAGUUAUUUCUGGAAAGCAGCCGCUAGCACCGCCGGCUAUCAGUGGAGAUCUGGGAGAGUUCAUGAGCUGGGUCGAUGAAGCUCGGCUUCUUAAGGUUAUGGCGAAUGCCGACACACCAGAAGAUGCUCUGGCUGCUAGAAACAAUGGAGCUCAAGGAAUCGGUCUUUGUCGAACUGAGCAUAUGUUUUUUGCAUCCGAUGACAGGAUCAAAGCAGUUCGACAGAUGAUUAUGGCAGCAGAUGUCGAGCAACGUCUGGUUGCCCUUGACAAGCUUUUGCCUUACCAGCGUUCAGACUUUGAAGGCAUCUUCCGCGUCAUGGAUGGACUUCCUGUCACCAUUCGUCUGUUAGAUCCGCCUCUUCAUGAGUUUCUACCCGAGGGUGACAUUGAGGAGAUUGUAGCCGAACUUGCAGCAGAAACAGGUGUGGAAGAGGAGGAGAUUCUCAAUCGGGUUGAAAAAUUGUCGGAAGUGAAUCCCAUGUUAGGAUUUCGUGGAUGCAGGCUUGGUAUCUCAUAUCCAGAACUAACCGAAAUGCAAGCAAGAGCCAUCUUUCAAGCAGCUACUUCCAUGGUCAACGAAGGAGUUACUGUGCUCCCAGAAAUAAUGGUCCCUCUGGUUGGAACACCUCAGGAGUUGGCAGAUCAGGUCGGAGUCAUUCACAGGGUGGCCCAGAAAGUCUUCUCUGAGACCGGCACAACUUUGAAGUACAAGGUUGGGACCAUGAUCGAGAUUCCUCGGGCAGCACUUGUUGCAGAUCAGAUCGCACCGUACGCAGACUUCUUCUCCUUUGGUACAAAUGACCUGACACAGAUGACUUUCGGCUACAGUAGGGAUGACGUGAGCAAGUUUUUGCCUAUCUAUAUUGCUCAAGGCAUCCUUCAACAUGAUCCCUUCGAGGUUCUUGAUCAAGUUGGUGUUGGACAGCUCAUCAAAAUAGCAACAGAGCGCGGUCGCCAAGCUCGGCCUGAUCUGAAGGUGGGAGUUUGUGGAGAGCACGGAGGAGAGCCAUCUUCCGUGGAAUUCUUUGCAAGAGCUGGCCUCGAUUACGUUUCCUGUUCUCCUUUCAGGGUUCCGAUUGCGAGGCUGGCUGCCGCUCAGGCUGCAAUCAAGUAAUUUGUUGACACAUCAUCGGAAGAUGCGCUUGUGCAUCAAGGCUCCAGAAUGGUUUUUGGCUUCAAAUCUUCAAGGGGACCGUGACACCGAAGCAACUUGCUAACAGUUCUGGGAAGGUAGAUUGUACAGCGAUGCACCCGCCUGAGAGGGGGUUUCAGAGUGGAGUUCAGAGUUUGAAGCUAUGUACAGAUGGCAGUUGUCGAAGAAGUGUCAAACGUCGCAGCAGAGUUCUUCAAUAACGUCCUUAUAGAUGUAACAUUGCAUCAUAUGUAUCAAAUUUUCCAAGGAUUUCCCAUUUCUACUAUUGUCCGCACUGUACAUGUGAAUGGUUUGCUUGGGAGGUAAUUUGCCUGGUUCGAUGUUGAAAUCUCCCGUUUGUUGGAGGAUGAUAGUGUGUAGAAGAAACGUGAUAUUACCAUUGAUUCUCGAAUCGUGUUUCGAGUUCUACUUCUUUCGUUAGGGAAAGACUGUAGACCGAUGUCUAACUUGUCCGUCCUACGGACAAGUUGCAAUCAUGAAGAUACGCAUGUAAGAGACGAAAAUGACUUUGAAGUACUUGAUGUAGAUUGAAUGUGUACACAAGUAGACUAGAGUAAUAUCACCCAAUA